UAACAGGAGAGCAGUUGCUCGACUUCGAUCAUAAACGGGAGGGGACCGAGUUCCGUGCACGGCGUCCUCGGUAUUCACGGUUGCAACAUGACUGCUGUAAGAUCUCUGUCCACUGGAAUUGUGCUGUAAGUCUGCCUGUUGUUGGCAGCCCUUCUGACACGACUGGUCUGGGAUCUGUAGAGGCCCGCAGAGAGUCAGGAUGUCUGAUGGGUUUUAUUCCUGCAUGAAGGAACCAGGAUCAGCGGGCUACCUCUCCUGUUUGAGUGUCCUAUGGGACGAGUGGUUGGGGCUGGGGAGUUUGGAGGACUACCUCAGCUAUCUGGACUACCUGGUGUGGGUGUUCACCCCACUGGCCAUAGUCUUCAUCCUGCCCUUCUUCAUCCUGCUGCUCCUCUACCUCUCCAUCCUCUUCCUCCAUGUCUACAAGUUCAAGAACGAGCUCAGGGAGGCGUACUCCAACAACCUGUGGGACGGGGCGAGGAAAACACUGGCCACUCUGUGGGAUGGACACGGCACCAUCUGGCAUGGCUAUGAGAUCCACGGUUUAGAGAAGAUUCCAGACCAAGGUCCUGCACUAAUUGUUUAUUAUCAUGGAGCCAUUCCUAUAGACUAUUACUACUUCCUGGCCAAGGUCAUUCUGCACAAAGGGAGAACCUGUCACUCUGUUGCUGAUUACUUCCUGUUUAAGGUUCCAGGGUUCAGGCUGCUGCUGGAGGUGUUCAGUGUGUUCCACGGCCCGCGGGAGGAGUGUGUCAAAGCCCUGCAGAGCGGCCACCUGCUGGCCAUCUCCCCAGGGGGCGUGCGAGAGGCCCUGUUCAGCGACGAGACCUAUCCCCUGCUCUGGGGCCGGCGGCAGGGCUUCGCCCAGGUGGCCAUCGACUCGCGAGCGCCCAUUAUUCCAAUGUUCACGCAGAACGUCAGGGAAGGAUUCAGGUCUCUGGGAAAUUUAAGGCCUUUCCGUUGGGUGUAUGAGCGAUUUCGGGUUCCGGUGGCGCCAGUUUACGGGGGGUUUCCUGUCAAAUUUCGUACCUACCUUGGCGAUCCCAUUCAGUACGACCCCAAUAUAACCGCGGCUGAGCUCGCAGAUAAGGCGCAGAGAGCUGUGCAGUCUCUGAUCGACAAACACCAGCGGAUCCCGGGAAACGUUCUCCGCGCGCUGCUAGAACGGUUCCACAGGAGGCGCAAAGAGGAGUAGGAGCAUCUCUCCAGCGAUGCAGCGAUGACCCUUGCAUCGCUGCCGCCCCGGGGGCAUGUGGGAGGGAGACAGCAGCCGAAGACGCUUCACUCUGUUAAAGCUCAUCUCUCUCUGGCUGACCCUCCAGCUCUGCCUUAUAGCCUUCAGUGAAAAUCAGUGAGGGUGUGAAGCUUUUUAAAAUCUUGUAAAGUUUAAUUUUAAAGACUGAUUCUGCAGUAUUCACGAUGACCCGCAGAGUGCAAUAAGUUCAGAUUUGACAGUUCUGGGUGAAUGACUGUAAAGGUACUUUUACACAUGUUCUAAUUUAGUUAUUUAUAAGAAAAUGAUGACUUGUUGAAUAAUGACAGGGAAUUUUCUGUACAGCGUUAUUUGAUCUAAAAAUAAUUAUGACAAGGCUGAUUGACAUAGAUUUGGAGCUUAUGAUCAAUCUGAGAAGUGAGUUUUGACAAAACGUUUGAGCUGUGGGUUGGACAUCAUUCCCUUCUCACUGAAUUGUGUUUAAAAACUAUAUGUAUUACAUGUGUUUGUAAGGUACAGCAGUCUGAAAAUGGUCACAGAGGCUCACCAAUGCCAUAGUGCCUUGUACACAGACUCUGACCUGUGCUAAAGUCCCCAUAGUGCCUUGCACACACACAGUUGUCUUUUCUGAAGUCUCUGGUGUUGUUAGACCAGAAAAUAACUGGUUGAUUUUGGACCAUAAUCACUAAUUGGUAAGAUGGGAGAGCAGGGACCAAUCCUAACAGCUGAAUGCUGCAGGGACCAGAUUUUUGUGGUGUCAAUAGGAUGAAAUGAAUCAAUAUUUAAUUUUUAAUUCAG